AUGCCCGUUGACCAUUCUCCCGCCAAAGAAGUGGUUCCAGCGGCCAACGACAUGGAGGAAAGCCAAAGUUCCACCGUCAGAGAAUUUGGCUCCGUUCCAGACGUCACCAAAUUGAACCGUCAACGCACUCACCUGGAGUGGCAGCUUGACCGUCUAGAACAGAUGUUCGUCAAACACAGCACCGACGUUCACUCGCUGAAAACCAUAUCAGACCGAGUGAAGGUGCUUGCUUUGGACUACAAACAAUGGUACGACUCGAUCUUGGACGUUGUGAGCGACGACCAAGCACAGGAGGCAAUCGAGCGAUAUGGCGUGUUCGACGACAGGGUAUUUGAGUUAAGCAAAAACAUCGAAUACCAGUUGGCAUCGCAGAUCCCAUUGCCUACAACACCAAACCCAUUUUUCGGCAGUGAGCAGAAACCCACGACAGUCCCGGUGCGUGCAAGACUUCCCGAAAUCGUGCUACCACAUUUCGACGGAAAUAUUCGCGACUGGCCUGCCUUCCGUGACGCGUUUUCAUCACUGAUACAUUCGUCAGAACAGCUGACCGAAUGUGACAAGCUGCAUUACCUUGCUGCGUCGCUGACGAAGGACGCACGCGCGGUGAUCGACGCAUUGGAAAUUACAUCCAAAAACUACGACGUAGCCUGGAAGCUGUUGUCCGAGCGCUACGAGAACAAGUACCUCAUCGCGAAAACCACCGUUGAGGCGUUAUUCAACAUAUCGCCACUGAAGAGAGAAUGUGCAGAUUCUCUAAGCCGACUCGUCGACGACUUCGAGCGUAACCUAUGA